AUGAAUGAUAGUCUGCGUGAUACUAGUCAUAUGUCACAAAGCGAAGAGUACACCGAAUCUACGUCACAAAGCGAAGAGUUCACCGAAUCUACGUCACUAAGUGAAGAGUACACCGAAUCUACGUCACAAAGCGAAGAGUACACCGAAUCUACGUCACAAAGCGAAGAGUACACCGAAUCUACGUCACAAAGCGAAGAGUACACCGAAUCUACGUCACAAAGCGAAGAGUACACCGAAUCUACGUCACAAAGCAAAGAGUUCACCGAAUCUACGUCACAAAGCGAAGAGUACACCGAAUCUACGUCACAAAGCGAAGACUACACCGAAUCUACGUCACAAAGCGAAGAGUACACCGAAUCUACGUCACAAAGCGAAGAGUACACCGAAUCUACGUCACAAAGCAAAGAGUUCACCGAAUCUACGUCACAAAGCAAAGAGUUCACCGAAUCUACGUCACAAAGCGAAGAGUACACCGAAUCUACGUCACAAAGCGAAGAGUACACCGAAUCUACGUCACAAAGCAAAGAGUUCACCGAAUCUACGUCACUAAGUUACACCGAAUCUACGUCACAAAGCGAAGAGUACACCGAAUCUACGUCACAAAGCGAAGACGAAGAGUACACCGAAUCUACGUCACAAAGCGAAGAGUACACCGAAUCUACGUCACAAAGCGAUGAGUACACCGAAUCUACGUCACAAAGCGAAGAGUACACCGAAUCUACGUCACAAAGCGAUGAGUACACCGAAUCUACGUCACAAAGCGAAGAGUACACCGAAUCUACGUCACUAAGUGAAGAGUACACCGAAUCUACGUCACAAAGCGAAGAGUACACCGAAUCUACGUCACUAAGUGAAGAGUACACCGAAUCUACGUCACAAAGCGAAGAGUACACCGAAUCUACGUCACAAAGCGAAGAGUACACCGAAUCUACGUCACAAAGCGAAGAGUACACCGAAUCUACGUCACUAAGCGAAGAGUACACCGAAUCUACGUCACAAAGCGAUGAGUACACCGAAUCUACGUCACAAAGCGAAGAGUACACCGAAUCUACGUCACAAAGCGAAGAGUACACCGAAUCUACGUCACAAUCUAACAAAGCGAAGAGUACACCGAAUCUACGUCACAAAGCGAAGAAUCUACGUCACAAAGCGAUUAGUACACCGAGUUCACCGAAUCUACGCCACAAAGCGAAGAAGUACACCGAAUCUACGUCACUAAGUGAAGAGUACACCGAAUCUACGUCACAAAGCGAAGAGUACACCGAAUCUACGUCACAAAGCGAAGAGUACACCGAAUCUACGUCACUAAGUGAAGAGUACACCGAAUCUACGUCACAAAGUGAAGAGUACACCGAAUCUACGUCACAAAGCGAAGAGUACACCGAAUCUACGUCACAAAGCGAAUACACCGAAUCUACGUCACAUAGCGAAGAGUACACCGAAUCUACGUCACAUAGCGAAGAGUACACCGAAUCUACGUCACAAAGCGAAGAGUACACCGAAUCUACGUCACAAAGCGAAGAGUACACCGAAUCUACGUCACAAAGCGAAGAGUACACCGAAUCUACGUCACAUAGCGAAGAGUACACCGAAUCUACGUCACUAAGUGAAGAGUACACCGAAUCUACGUCACAAAGCGAAGAGUACACCGAAUCUACGUCACAUAGCGAAGAGUACACCGAAUCUACGUCACAUAGCGAAGAGUACACCGAAUCUACGUCACAAAGCGAAGAGUACACCGAAUCUACGUCACAUAGCGAAGAGUACACCGAAUCUACGUCACAAAGCGAAGAGUACACCGAAUCUACGUCACAAAGCGAAGAGUACACCGAAUCUACGUCACAUAGCGAAGAGUACACCGAAUCUACGUCACAAAGCGAAGAGUACACCGAAUCUACGUCACAAAGCGAAGAGUACACCGAAUCUACGUCACAAAGCGAAGAGUACACCGAAUCUACGUCACAAAGCGAAGAGUACACCGAAUCUACGUCACUAAGCCUUGAUACGUCAUUCUACUUGCGUGCUUGA